AAUCAAACGGAGGUGAUUGUACAUGAUAAACGUAAAAUAAAGCUGCAGAAAAACGGAGUCAUUUCAGGAAAUACUAUGCCUAGUUUCAUUCGCCAGACAAAUUCAUGUUCCCCAGGUCAACACCUUUGAUUUCCCUCUCGAAAUUUGUACCAAAAAUUAACUAUCGUUUUCACAAAGAUUAAAUGCGGUGUUCUCAUUUGUAUCACUUUGUCAUGAAUAUACGCUUAAAUUUAUGCACCUGAAUAUGGCAGAUGUUGGUCGUUAAUAAUUUUCCAGUCGCAAGCAAAAAAUUUUAUAGCCCACUAUGAAGUACACAUCAAAUGCGUAUGUGUCAAUUAUUUCUACAAAAAUGCGACGUUUAAUCUACCGUUCGCGAUUUCUCAUGAUCAAAUUAUAGUCCCAGAUGUCCAAUAUCAAACUCUCGUAAAUCGGAGAGAAAUCUAAAACGUGUAAAAUUAAAAUCGAAAAAAAAAAAUAAAUCAAAUAAUAAAUCAAAUGAUAAAAUAUGCGGGAAAUCGGUGUCGCAAUUUAACGCCAUUCCACACGUUCCUGAUAUUAUCCCUUAAUCGGACUAAAAUUCUAUAGAAAUAUGGAGAAAAUUGAAAGUGAAUUAAAGAUGAAUGAAUUAUCUAGCUGCAUGGAUAAUGUUAUGGCAAUCUAUGCGUGGAUCGAUGAAAUUCCUUUCUCAAGACCAAAGAAAAAUCUUUCGCGGGAUUUUUCUGACGGAGUUCUCAUGGCAGAAGUUCUCAGGUUGUAUUUUCCGCGUCUCGUCAACGUGCACAACUACAUUCCCGCAAGUAACGUAGCAUCAAAAAUAGAAAAUUGGAAUACCCUGAACCGUAGAAUACUCUCUAAAAUCGACAUGAAACUCGGCAAAGAAGUGAUAAAUCAACUAGCAAACGCGCAACAAGGAGUCAUCGAAAAAGUUCUCAUGGAUUUGCGAAGAAAAAUAAUCGCGAAAGACUCGAACGAUUCCAAUAACAGCCUCGAUGGAAGCAUCCGAAAAUUCAUUCCGAAUACCGAAUCGCGAACUUCGCAAAAUUGUGAAACAGAAAAAACGUCAAGUUCUCAAAAAACUGGUAUCGUAAAAUCAAACGACGAUAAAAACCUGCCCGGAAAAGCUCACGGUUGGUUUCCAGGCUGGAUGUGGCCGUUCGGAAGCCAUUCAAAAAGUUCUUUGAAUCAAGGAUCCUCACCCGGUACCCAAUUUCCUUUCUACCCCAUUUCGGUAUAAUCA